GAGACGAUGAGGAAAAGUGGACGACCGCCACAUUUCUGUGCAUGAAGUUUCGAGUUAUAAAAAGCUAAAAGUUAUUUUACCGUUGACCGGACGCGUCAGAAGGGGAGUCGAGAACAAAGGAACCAGCCCGGAGCCACCCGGGAAGCGCCCGACUGUGAGACAAUGAACGCGGCGAUCCUCAGAAAAGGGGUAGCAUAACUGACGGUGCCGUUCUGAGCGAUUGAGCAGGGACACGCAAUACGCAAAUGCAGCCGCUGACGGGUAUGCAGGAUGAGCAUGUCUAUGCGCACACCGGCGGCAAAGUGCUACAGACGUGCGUGCCGACCAGCGACAUAUAAAAAGGGGGCUAAGAAGGAGCACCUGGCGGAGAAUUAAACUCCUCACCAAUCGCUCACCUGAUGUCCUGCUUCGCGUUGUGAUGCAGCACUUCAACGCUAGGGACGACCCCGUCCCACGACCAGGACGACGUCACGGAUUUGUUCAGCGAAAACUCACGAGCUGUUACGCGUGUGCCUGCUCAAGGCGUACAGAGUGAAAGUAGUGAAAGUACAGAGGCGGGCCGCGGCGCCCUACUUUCCGCGGCCAAUCAGCGCGCGCUAUGGAGUGGCGCUUCGUUUGCGCGCUCGCCGCAGAGAAAUGACAUUGGCUCUCUGUUCUUCGACGCCAAUGUCGCAUUUACGUGUAAGCUAAAAAACAAUAAGAUCAGUUAAUAAAAAUAUUUGACCCGAAAUUAACUUCUGUUUUGUCUGACCAUGAUUGCAUGUAUGACCCCGGUCCAGCCUGGUUCAACUCGGCCCAACCUGGUUCUCAGGUCUCCCUGGCACGCAUCUUUACCACCACUCCGCGCGCAGGAGAACUGUUUUUCCUGCGUUUGCUGCUAAUGCGCGUGCCAGGACCGACCAGCUUCCUGGACCUGAGGACGGUGGACGGCGAGGUGCUGCCCACCAUGCAGCAGGCGUGCUCAGCCAGAGGCUUGCUGGAGGACGGCGAGCAUUGGGACCGAGCGCUGGCCGAGGCCACCACCAGCGGCUAUCCCAACCGGCUCCGGCUCCUGUUCGCCAUCAUCUUGACCGAGGGUGGCGCCACGUGUGAUCCGGUGCGGCUCUGGGCGGCUCACCAGCCGGCCAUGUCCGAGGACAUAACGCACCGCCAGGAGCUGCUGCGCGCCGCCGGCAGACCCUGCAUGUCGGCGGAGGAGAUCCAGCACGAGACGCUCCGGCGAGUCGGACUGUGCCUGCAGCGUCUCUGCGGCCGGACGGUCGGCAGCUUCGGUCUGCCGGAGCCCCCUGCCGCCCCUGUCGGAGCUGAAGCCGAGCCCGACUUCGCUCUCGACCAGCAGCAGGCGUAUCUGGCAGAAAACGAGCACCUACUGACGGCGGACCAGCGCGUCGUCUACGACGAAGUCGUCAGGCGGCUGACAGACGGAACCGGUGGCGCCAGUUUUCUUCAGGCUCCCGGAGGCUGCGGUAAAACGUUUUUGGAAAACGUUUUGCUCGCCAAGGUGCGCAGCCAGGGAGAGGUGGCCGUCGCAGUCGCCACGUCCGGCAUUGCCGCCUGCCUGCUGGACGGUGGCACAACAGCGCACUACCGCUUUAAAAUACCGCUGCGCCUGCACGCAGAUGAGAACGUGUGCGGCAUGGCACAGAGGACGCCGGAGGCGGAGCUGCUCCAAGCCUGUCGCCUCAUCGUAUGGGAUGAGGCGGCCAUGGCCAACCGGCGCGCCUUAGAGGCAGUGGAUCGCACCCUGCGCAAUCUGCGAGACACCGACGAGGAGUUCGGCGGCAUCGUGACGGUGCUGUCCGGCGACUGGCGGCAAAUUCUGCCGGUUGUAAGGAAUGGCUGCCGGGCCCAAGUGGUGGACGCCUGCCUGAAGUCGUCCCCGCUCUGGAACACCGUGACGGUGAUGCAGCUGGAGACUAACAUGCGCGUCCAGCUGCACCAGGACGCCAGAGCAGCCGAAUUCUCGGACUUCCUGCUGAGAGUCGGCAACGGCGAGCUGCCCAUCGUCCGGGAGCUCGGAGAGGACGUCAUUGACGUGCCUCUGGAAAUCCGAAGCCCGGCCACCAGCGUCGCGGAGCUGGCCGUUCGGAUUUUUCCGGACCUGGCGGCCAACUAUGUGGACACCGAGUGGCUCCACCAGCGGGCCAUUCUGACUCCAAGGAACUCAGAUGUCGACAAGGUCAACCAGGUGCUGAUGGAGAUGCUGCCUGGCGCGACAGCGGAAUACCGAAGCAUCGACAGCAUGACGGACCCGGAGGCUGUGCCGAUGCCAACGGAAGUCCUCAACAGCCUCGAGCUUUCAGGACUGCCGUCUCAUCACCUGACUCUUAAGGUCGGUGCGCCUGUGAUCCUGAUGAGAAACAUCGACGCCCCGAGGACUGUCAACGGCACGCUCUGCACCGUCUCCAGGCUCCACGCCAACGUGCUGGAGCUGCGCGUGGGUUCCGGACCGAGCCGCGGCGAGGCCCUGUUUCUGCCGCGUCUGCCCCUGGAGGUGGACGGCGCUGACUCGGGACUGGGGUUCAGCUUCCGCAACUGCUGCGCUCCGAGCGGCUGCCGCUGCGGCCGGCUGCCCUCGCCGAGCUGGCCCGCGCGCUGGCAGUGGUGCUGAGCCGGCGCCGGCGCCCGUUCCUGGAGCGGUUGGUGGCGCCGUUCGACGCCUCGGUGAGCUACUGUAACCGGACGGUGCCGGCGGCGCCGUCGGCGGAGGAGACGGCCGCGCUGCGCGCCCAGUGCCGCCGGCACGGCGUGUCCGUGAACUCGGCGCUGACGGCGGAGGAGACGGCCGCGCUGCGCGCCCAGUGCCGCCUGCACGGCGUGUCCGUGAACUCGGCGAGCUGUCGGCGGCCGUCCGUGUGUCCGCCGCCCGGCUGCUGGGCGGCCCGUGCCCGCCGCUGCCCACCAUGUGGCCGGUGAGCGCCCACAGGUACCUGCUCUUCAACCCUGGUCAGACAUACACGUCAUACAGCAAAGCUGACCCAGCCAGCAGAGCAACAGCGACGGGUCUGCUGACAGCUGGUUGAAAGCAUCCUGGCUUCUGGAACGAUGAGACCAGAGUCUGACCUGUGACAGAGUGACAGACUGACUGACGAGUGACCUGUGACAGACUGAGUCAUCCCCGGUUAUCGGUCAGGGGUGCUGUACGGUGCAAAUCACGUCAUAUCGAUCACUAUAUAUUUUGAUAGUGUAUUCUCUCUCGCUGCUUGCCUCAGAUUUCAAAUUGUUCAUUGUGAACCGUGGGGAGGGGGGAGGGGCGGAGCUUCAUAUUCACUUGGUGGGGCGGCUGCCCCACCAACUUGCCAUUUUUCCCCACCAAUAAGCGUUUUGCCCCACCAACUAAAGCUGGUUUGCAGGACUUUACUGCUAAGCAAACCAGUGUUUUUCGCAUUGAGGAGUUUUGAAAUGUCUGUGUAAUGCAAAAUAUUAUCUCUGAAUGAAAAGAAUUAAUUCAAUGUUGUAUUUUACCUAGCUUAACAAUCGGACAUUGUACGUUUGUUAACUUUUUGCCCCACCAACUUUCCUGGGAAAGCUCCACCCAUGGCCGGUGGGGGGGGGGGGAUACCUACCGCCGCGGCGAUUCGCCACUGUGCACAGGAUUGACAGGGCUGGCGUGUCCUGCAUUGUUGAGUGUUCUCCUGGUGCUCUCUUUGCAUUGGAUAGGUAUAUAUUGGGCCAGAUGUGAUCGUUUGGUGGGAUAUGCGGUCUACAGGGACGAUUGCUGAGCGGUUCGUGGCCGAGCGGUGGUUUGUCGGCCACUUGGACACUGAGCAGCCGACUGGGAGCUGCGAGACGUGGAAGGAAUGCUUAUUGCUUAUUUCAGGCAUACCUACGCAAUAGUUUUAAGGUGAAUUUAUUUAUUAUCUACCAAAAAUGUUAGUGUAAGCAUUUUAUAUAAACGCCAUGAAAAAUGAUGGGCUGCAACGCUGG